GAUAUAAGAAACAGUUUUUUGGAAAAGCACGACGAGAUGAACCUAGAAGAAGUACAUGCAUCUGACUGCGAAAGCGAUGAUGACUUUAAUGUUGAUUUGGUGACUUUAAGCAAGGGCAGCAAAAAAAGUGAAAUUUCGCGGGUAACAAGGCAUUCUGCAGGCGAUAAUAGGGAGUACAAGUCUAAGGAAUGUGACGACCUUAUUUCAAAGGAGGAGUGUGAUAAAUCGCGAUCGGAUGCUUUGUGGGCCGAUUUUCUUGGUGGCGUUAUGACAGAAAGUGUAAACAACCAAAAAACAAAUUAUCCUGCGGAAGAUAGUUCCCAAGAGACUUGUAAUAAAUAUAAAAAGAGCGGUACGGAAGUAAAAACUCCAAAACACGGUCCCAUAAAAAAGUGGACUCCGCCUGUUUCAGUUUCAAAAAACGGAACAAUUAAACGACCAUCCGCUAAAAACGGUAUCGGCUCUAUUAUGAAUAAACUCGAAAAGAAAAAAAACUUGACAGUGCUUGAGAGGUCACAAUUGGAUUGGAAAAUAUUUAAACAAGACGAAGGUAUAGACGAACUUCUGUGCUCCCAUAACAAAGGCAAGGACGGGUAUUUGGACCGCCAAGACUUCUUGCAGAGAACCGAUCUUAGACAGUUUGAAAUUGAGAAGAACUUGCGGCUUUCUCGCAGACCAUACUAACCCCUAAACCUACGUCGACUUGGCUUUAUAAACUAUCGAAUUAAACGCUUUGGUAGCGCAAACUUUUAAUAUAUUUCGCUGUUCAAAAGAAUAUAUACAUAUAGAGUUAUAAAAACUUAAAUUAUAUUCUAUAACAAAAUAAAAAAAAAAUUUUGAGCAUACAAUGGAAAAAAUUAAAGAAAUCUAAAUCACCCGACAAAUUUGUUUUCUUGAAAUCAACCAGUUUAUUUUUUUUUGACAUUUGUUUGUAGUUUUCAAUAUCCUAUAGCAGCUGCAAAAAGAUCAACAUGACCAUUUAACAUUUAAAAACAAAAUAUUCCAGAAAAAACUAGUUGACUCAAAUACAUGUUUAUUUUUCCAAUUCGUGGUAGGCCUCAGCUAUUAGAGCUUUUUUGUUGUUUUCAAAAUUCAAAUACUUACAAUAAUACUAAGCUUACAACUUAAAACGUUUUAGUUAUAUUCGUUUAACCGAAAACCAUAUAAAACGAUUACUCGACAAGCAACAUUUGUAUAUUGACCGAAAGGUUUUUUUAAGCUAUCUAAAACUUCAUGAAAACACGAUUAAUAACCUGUUAAAGGUUGAAUCUAUUGAAACCGGUGAAGAAGAAUGUAUUAUACUUUAAGCACUUCUGUAUGUUUCUUCGAAUAUUACUCCGUUUAAGAGAAAUAAAAAAAAAGAUUUUCACAUAA